AUGGGCGGCGGCGACCUCAACAUGAAAAAGUCCUGGCACCCCGUGCUCCUGGUGAACCAAGAGCGCGUGUGGAAGGCCGAGAAGCAAGUGAACGAGGAAAAGAAGAAGCUCGCGCAGUUGCGCAAGGAACAAGAGGAGGAACGGCAGCUUGCCGAGUUGCAGCGGUUACAGGAGGCGGCGACGGGCAGGAAGCGGGUGGAGAAGCUGGAUUGGAUGUAUGCUGCGCCGGGGAACGAAGGGGGUGCUUUGGGCGGACAGAGGUUGGGGGAGAAGGAUAUGGAGGAUUAUUUGUUGGGUAAGAAGAGGGUGGAUGAGGUCUUGGCGGCGGGGGAUCGCAAUGUGGGUAACUUGCACAAGGAGUUUAUCGCGGUGCAGAAUGCCAAUUCGGCGAGGGAUACUGCGGCGAAGAUUAGGGAGGAUCCUCUGCUUGCUAUCAAGCGGCAAGAGCUGGCGGCGAUGGAGGCGCUUAAGAACCGCCCGGAUAUUAGGCGGAAGUUGAAGGAGAUGCAAAAGGCGCCCGAGAGCAAGGAAGAGCGCAAAGCCAGGAAGAAGGCUGAGAAAGAGGAGCGGAAGAAGGAACGGCACGAGAGGCGGAACCGUCAUCGUGAUACUCGCUCACCCGUCUCGGACUACUCGGACGACCGGGACGACUACAAGCGGCGGCGGCGGGACUCGCGCUCGGACGAACGGACAGAUGAGAGGCGGUCUCGAUACCGCUCGAGAUCGUCUUCUCCUCGUCGGGAGCGCGAUGACCGGGAUCGGAGACGAGGCAGGGAUGAGUCUCCCCGGCGGCGAAGGGACGACGGUCCUCGGCGAGACAGCUCGAGUCGGCGGCGUAGUGACGAGCGGGACGACUCGCGUGUGCCUCCACCGCGUCACUACCCUUCCUCCAACGGUCACACCGGCCAUAGCUCGCGCCACGAAGAUAUCAAACCAGAUAUCAAGCCCUAUAUCCCCCACUCCUCCCGCCCGGCCGCAAUGGACCUCGCGGACCGCCCCACUUCCUCUCGCCCUUCCCAGCAUCAACCCACUUCCUCCGCCCCCAAUCCCCAGGCGCAGAGUCUGGAACAACAGCGCGCGGCCAGACUAGCAGCCAUGUCUGCGAGCGCACACGAGAUGGAUAAUCAACGCACGAAAUCGCUAGCUCAGCGUGCGGUAGAGGAUCAGAGAGAGAAGGAGCGGGACGACAAGAUGCGGCAAAAGUAUGGGAAAGAGGACGUCAAGGGGGUGUUCUUUGCGCAGAAGAGCGAGAUGGGGCUGAGUGAUAUGAUUUCGAGGCGGGCCGGACAGGGGCUGCAGCGGAACAUUUAG